UCAGUGAGUGCUCGGCGGACAUGGAGGUGGUGGCGCUGGUGGCGGUGACUGUGGUGCUGGGGGGAAUAGUCGUGCUGCUGGCGCUAUGGGGCAGAAAGGGGAAGGAGGGCAGCGAGCUGGAGACGGGCGCUGAGAAAGCAAAUGGUCACGCAGUCCCAGAGAAGCAGCCAACAAAGAAACAGAAACAACCGAGGCCACGCAAAGAAAAAACACAGGCACACACCUUCUCCCACCCACUACUGGCAGCUGCUCUCAAGGCUCACAGCGGGAACAUUACCUGUUUAGAUUUUAGUAGUAACGGUAAAUAUUUGGCCACAUGUUCGGACGAUAGGACUGUCAGGAUAUGGAGUACUAAGGACUUCCUUGAACGGGAGCACCACUGUACGAGAGCUAAUGUGGAGCUAGACCAUGCUACACAUGUCCGCUUCAGUCCUAAUGGCAGAGCCUUCAUUGUAUACUUAGCGUAUGGGGAUACAAUCCGAGUGUUUAAGAUGACAAAGAAAGACGAUGUGGCGGUCUUCUCUGCUGCUCAGGAAGACUUCCCAAAGCGCCAUAAAGCCACCGUCGUUAAUAUUGGAAUAGCAGAUACAGGGAAGUUUAUUAUGAGUGCAUCCAAUGAUACCACAAUAUUUAUUUGGAGUCUGAAGGGUGAUGUACUGGCAACGAUCAAUACCAACCAGGUUGCAAAUGCCUAUGCUUGUGUUUCUCCAUGUGGGAGGUUUGUAGCAAGCUGUGGUUUCACACCAGAUGUGAAGAUUUGGGAGGUUUGCUUUGGUAAAUCAGGAGAGUUCCGUGAAGUAGCCCGGGCAUUUGAAUUGAAAGGCCAUUCAGCCGGUGUUUGUGGCUUUGCAUUCUCCAAUGAUUCCAGCAGGAUGGCAACUGUUUCGAAAGAUGGGACCUGGAAGCUCUGGAAUACAGAUGUUGAAUAUAAAAAGCAACAAGACCCCUACUUGCUGUUUACAGGAAAAUGGUCCAGCAAAGAGCCUUGUCGUAUUGCAUUGUCUCCUGAUGGUCGUAUUGUUGCUAUAGCCAGUGUCUGUGAUAUCACAGUGUACAACGCACUAACUGGGGAAAUAGAGGAAGAGUUCAAAUCUGUACACGGAGACGUGAUCUCAGAUCUUGCUUUUGAUAUUAACAACAAAUUUUUGGUCUCUACUGGAGAUCGUGCAGUUCGUGUCUUUCAUAAUUCAGCUGGAUACAGAGCAGCUAUUGCUGACAUGAAGGACAUGCUCAGGAAAUCCACUAACAAGGGCACAAAGGACAGGCUACAGCAACAAAUAAAGAAUGCCCAAAAGGCACUAGAUGCUGUGUACAAGAAGAAGAACUAAGACUGUUUUUACAAUUGUUUUGAUACAAAACAACUGUUUUCUAAAAUUAAAAUAUUUCUGCGGAAAUAUAAAAAAUA